AAAAUCCUAAUUUUUCUUCACAAAUUUCUCUCUCUCGGUUGCUCCUCCGUUGCGCCCUCUCUCCCACUCCCCACACCCACGACUCGACGAGACCCUCUCGCCUCUCCUCGCACCGUUCGGUGUCCACCUCGGCUCUUCCUCUGUCUUCAUCAAUCGCGGUCCGGCUCAUCCACGGUGGAUUUCCGAUUCUGGGUUUUUUUGGUGACCAAUCGAGCGGCCUGUGGCUGGAGGCGCAAGAAGGGAGCGAGCAAGGACAAGAGUAAGCGUCAAUUGACGCCCGCGCUCCCUCUGCCCACUCCUCCCCUCGCCAAGGCAUGGUUUCAGAUCGGGCUAUGCCAACUUUCAGUGACGGCGGAUAAAGAGAGGAACAUUGCCCAUGCUCGCGACGCGAUUCGGGAGGCCGUGGACAAGGGCGCUCAGCUUGUUCUCUUGCCCGAAAUAUGGAACAGUCCCUAUUCAAAAGAUAGCUUCCCUGUUUAUGCUGAGGACAUUGAUGGAGGUUCAUCUCCUUCAACUGCUAUGUUAUCUGAAGUUGCUAAGGUCUUGAAGGUUACCAUAGUGGGCAGUUCAAUCCCAGAAAGAUGUGGUGAUCGAUUGUACAACGCUUGCUGUGUUUUUGGUUCCAUUGGAGUGCUAAAAGCCAAGCACCGCAAGACGUUGGACGUAUUGGUAUAGGCAUCUGUUAUGAUAUUCGGUUUCAGGAAUUAGCAAUGAUUUAUGCUGCAAGAGGUAGGUUUCGUUUCCUCUUCGUCUAUUUUGCAUUUCCUACAAUGUUGACUGCAUACUGGUGCUGGGGCUGCCACUGGCCCAGUCUAUGCAGUUCGAAAGUAAGAAGAUUUCUGACGGUAAACAUGUAUGUCUUAAGUGGUGGACCUUUGGAUUGUUUUCCUUUGAUUUAUUUUCGUUUUAUCCCUUCCAAUGAUUUUUAAGUUGAACAUCAGCAAAGUAAGCCUUGCACAAAGGGGGGUUAGCUGUAUAAAUGCUUUUACGACAUUGCGAUAUGUCCUCUAUUGCUUUUUGUAUAGAAGAUAUCU